CAACCGCGCACCGGAGCCGGAAAAAUCUGCAGCUCCUCCUCCUCCUCCUCCUCCUCGUCGUCAGUGUCGGCUAUUUAUACGCUCCACUCCCUCCCCCAUCCCCUUCCCCUAGUUCUCUCCACUCACUCCUCCCCCCUCCCCUCCCCGCCCGGCUCCGAUCCACUCAGUGAGCGAAGAUGGCGCCGACAUCCAUGAGCCUUGCCGCAAAGACGGGGCUUCCCUUCUCGGCGCUUCCUUCGAGUGGCGUUGCGCAGAGGCCAGUUUCUGUGACUGCUUCCCUCGAGCACAAGACUAAUGAUGCUAGAAGGAAGUUCCUAAAACUCGCGCUUGGAAACCUCGCGGUUGGGCUGCCCACCUUGUUGGGUGCUAAGAAAGCUCUUGCUGAUGAACAAGGUGUCUCGUCCUCAAGAAUGUCUUACUCAAGGUUCCUUGAGUAUCUUGACAAGGACAGAGUGAAGAAGGUUGAUUUGUUUGAGAAUGGGACAAUUGCCAUUGUAGAGGCUAUUUCUCCUGAGCUCGGUAACCGCGUACAGAGAGUUCGUGUGCAACUUCCUGGUCUAAGCCAGGAGCUUCUUCAGAAGUUGAGGGAAAAGAAUAUCGAUUUUGCUGCGCACAGCAACCAGGAGGACUCUGGUUCUCUUCUGUUCAACCUGAUCGGAAACUUGGCAUUUCCACUUAUCCUUAUUGGUGGUCUAUUUUUGCUGUCAAGAAGAGCACAAGGUGGCCUUGGUGGACCUAAUGGCCCUGGCUUUCCGCUUGGUUUUGGUCAAUCUAGGGCCAAGUUUCAGAUGGAACCCAACACUGGUGUUACUUUUGAUGAUGUUGCUGGUGUCGAUGAAGCAAAACAAGACUUCAUGGAAGUGGUUGAGUUCCUGAAGAAACCAGAAAGGUUCACCGCUGUUGGUGCUCGCAUCCCUAAGGGUGUUCUGCUUGUUGGUCCUCCUGGAACUGGUAAGACUUUGCUUGCCAAGGCUAUUGCAGGAGAAGCUGGUGUACCGUUUUUCUCGAUAUCAGGAUCUGAGUUUGUGGAGAUGUUUGUGGGUGUUGGUGCCUCCCGGGUUCGUGAUCUUUUCAAGAAGGCCAAGGAGAAUGCUCCUUGCAUAGUAUUUGUUGAUGAAAUAGAUGCUGUUGGAAGGCAAAGAGGGACAGGUAUUGGUGGUGGAAAUGAUGAAAGGGAGCAGACUUUGAAUCAGUUACUGACUGAGAUGGAUGGUUUUGAGGGGAACACUGGAAUCAUUGUUAUUGCUGCCACCAACAGAGCUGAUAUCCUGGAUUCCGCUUUACUCAGACCUGGACGUUUUGACAGACAGGUAAGUGUUGAUGUUCCUGAUGUACGCGGAAGGACAGAGAUUCUUAAGGUGCAUGGUAGCAAUAAGAAAUUUGAUUCUGAUGUAUCUCUUGAAGUCAUAGCAAUGAGAACACCUGGGUUCAGUGGAGCAGACUUGGCGAAUCUUCUAAAUGAAGCAGCCAUAUUAGCAGGCCGACGUGGCAGGACAGCAAUUUCUUCUAAAGAGAUUGAUGAUUCAAUCGACAGAAUAGUGGCUGGUAUGGAAGGAACUGUGAUGACUGAUGGGAAGAGUAAAAGUCUUGUUGCUUACCAUGAAGUUGGGCAUGCAAUUUGCGGAACUUUGACGCCUGGCCACGACCCAGUCCAAAAGGUUACUUUAAUCCCUAGGGGUCAAGCUCGUGGUCUCACCUGGUUCAUUCCAAUGGACGACCCAACUCUCAUCUCCAGGCAGCAACUCUUUGCCAGAAUUGUUGGUGGCCUUGGCGGUCGUGCUGCUGAGGAGAUCAUUUUUGGGGAGCCUGAGGUGACCACAGGAGCUGCUGGUGACUUGCAGCAAAUUACUGGCUUAGCCAAGCAGAUGGUGGUGACAUUCGGUAUGUCAGACAUUGGUCCGUGGUCGCUGAUGGACUCAGGUGCACAGAGCGGCGAUGUCAUCAUGAGGAUGAUGGCAAGGAACUCCAUGUCGGAGAAGCUCGCUGAGGACAUCGAUACCGCUGUGAAGAGGUUGUCUGACGAGGCGUAUGAGAUUGCUUUGAGCCAGAUCAGGAGCAACCGGGAGGCCAUGGACAAGAUCGUGGAGGUGCUCCUUGAGAAGGAGACGUUGAGUGGUGACGAGUUCAGGGCGAUCCUGUCCGAGUUUGUGGAGAUCCCUGUCGAGAACCGGGUUCCCCCAGCCACGCCGGCAGCUCUCCCGGCUUAAAUCACCCUAGUUUUGUAGGAACGAAAUCUGCUGUUGUAAGAUGUUCAUAUUUUCGAUUCUUGGUGUACACUAACUGUACUUUGCCGGCCGGUUUUUUGGCAUACUACAUGUAACUUACUCUUGGAUAAUUAUAAAAUGUAAUUAGCUGAAAAAGGUUUCUGGCAA